AUCUCCAUGUUGUCUCAGCUCAGUGUCCAUGCGGGCUAUACUGGCUUUGCACUAUGUUUAACAAGAUUAUGGGAUGGACGGGGAUGGGAUGUAGUAGAGCUCUCCCAGCCCAGCCACGACGAGAGCACAACGCAUAUGUGUCGGCUGGGAUGCAGCAGCAGCAGCAGCAGCAUCGUCCUCUCAAAAGCACUGCUUCAGCACAGUCAGUCAGUCCGCCCCAACCCGCCGAGGAUGCUGUAGGAUGCUGCCGGAGGAUCCAGCCCCACAGUCCGAGCCGUGACACAUCUCUGCUGGAGUAAGUCGAGCCACACUGCGAUUUAAGCCUGGGGGGGGGGAGGCACAAAGACAGGAGGAAAGUAAACUCUCAUCAGCUGCCUCAUUGUGAACUUGAUACCGGAGCAUGGGAGUCGUCGGCGCGGAUGCAGCUCCUGCGCUUUAGAAGUUGGACAGCCAGGAACAUUUGAAUGCCAUGACUCUUGACUUUGGACAAGCUCUCCAGCGCAGUGCAGACGGCGUGCAUCAUUAUACAAACCAAACGGUGGACUUCUCUAAUGUCCAGAUUACCUCUGAUCUGAUCAACAUGUGGCACCUAAAUAAAAGGCACCUUUAGUCUCUCUGAGGCAUGGAGCAUCAUUGAUCCCCGAAGAGCCCACGGGUGCUACUUAUUAUUCACAGUAAUGGAAUGAAGUCACUACCUUUGAUAUGAUGGAUGAUAGAUCCAGUAAGCUCAUCUUGGUGCCUAUUUUAGCUGUUCUUUUUGUUAUGAUAGGUUACCAGUACAUAUGUCCCGCUGGCAGCAAUUCGUGCCACUUUAAGGCUGGGGAGAAAUUCAGGGGGGUGAGCCUACUUUCCACCCCGUACCAGGACAGCGACGAUUUCUACAGAGAUCAGGACCUGGAGGAUGACAGCCCUCCCAAACUACCGUCCAAAUUCAACUUCACCGAGAGAGACCUUGACAGACACGUGGAGUUCAACAUCAAAGGGGACGACGUGAUCGUGUUUCUGCACAUCCAGAAGACCGGAGGCACCACUUUCGGGAGACACUUGGUGAGGAAUAUUCGCUUGGAGCAGCCGUGCGACUGCAAGCCAGGACAGAAGAAAUGCACAUGUCACCGACCGGGGAAAGAGGAGUCCUGGCUCUUCUCCCGGUUCUCUACUGGCUGGAGCUGCGGACUGCAUGCAGACUGGACCGAGCUAACGAACUGUGUGCCUGUCAUUAUGGAUAAGAAGGAGGCCCAGAGGAAUAAAAGGAACUUCUACUACAUCACCAUGCUGCGAGACCCAGUCUCCCGCUACCUGAGCGAGUGGAAGCACGUCCAGCGCGGAGCCACAUGGAAGACCGCCCUCCAUAUGUGUGACGGACGCUCGCCCACCCAGGACGAGCUGCCCACCUGCUACAGUGGGGAUGACUGGUCCGGUGUCACCCUGACAGAGUUCAUGAACUGCCCGUCCAACCUAGCCAAUAACCGACAGGUCCGCAUGCUGGCUGACCUGAGCCUGGUGGGCUGCUACAACCUGUCCUCUAUGAACGAGAGCCAGCGAAACCACAUCCUUUUGAGCAGCGCCAUGAGCAACCUGAAGAACAUGGCCUUCUACGGCCUGACUGAGUUUCAACGCAAGACGCAGUACCUGUUUGAGCGGACGUUCAGCCUGCGCUUCAUCUCCGCUUUCACGCAGAUCAACAGCACGCGAGCCGCCAACGUGGAUCUGAGCGAGCCCGUGCGCAGACGCAUCGAGGAACUCAACUUUUUGGACGUGCAGUUGUACGAGUACGCAAAGGACCUGUUCCUCCAGCGUUUCCAGUUCACCCGACAGAGGGAGCACCAGGAGGUGCGCUUGAAGAGGCGCGAGGAGAGGCGUUGGCUGAGGGAGCGAAAAGACCAGGGCAGGCCGUGGCCGCCCAAACACAGAGGGGGAGGAAAUGGAGGUGGGAGAAGGGGAGGAGGGUUGGAGAAAGGGACUGACGGUGACUUCCCCACCACCACUGAGGACUACACAAGCCAAGUGGCCCGCUGGUGAGGCUGUGGUCUGAAGGGAGAGAAGCAAGAGAGAGAUUUCUCACAGACUCGUUUAAAACCUUUGACUCUCUCUUGCACAUUCUGUGUCUCUCUCUUUUUGUCUCACCAUUAAUCUGUCUCCUGCAUCUGUCUGUUUCUCAGCUUCAGUGUGAUCCGAGUGCUCUGCUGUUUCUUUAUGAAAACUGCCAAGUCUGUGAGUCUCACAGCAGCUCUGCCUUGGAGUGCCCUUUGGUGUCUUAAAUCUUUAAAUGCUGUUUAUAUGUUUGUUUUUUGUUUUCUUUUAUUUUUUUGUUAUUUGAUUUUUGCCUUGUUUAUUUAUCAUGUGUUGAAUAAGACAGUAAACUGAGGUGAAAGAAAAAAAUCUAAAGAAGCUGCCAUAGACUGCAUUACUUUAAAUUUUGGCAUUCAAAGCGAAAAUUGAUGAAUGUCAUUGAAGUCUGUUGCAACUGGUAAAAAAACACUUGAAAGAUGUAGCUGUAGAGGAACUGAUGGUUGCAUGUCACACAUCCACAUUCUGACAGUAGCUUCUUUGCAUAUGAAGUCUUACAUCUGUGCGCUGUUCAGAUGGAGGGCAGGCAACUGGAGGCAGAGACAACCAACAACACAGCACAAAUACCCAUGAUUUGUGCUGUUUUAGACAAUUGCAGUCAAUGAAAUUGAGAAAAAACAUGGGUCAAUUUAAGUACUUAAAAAAUAGGAUGUAAACGGGAGAAGUAAAAAGAAACAGUUAAGUCACGUCAUAACAUAAACGUUUAAGUGUUGUUUUAAACAUUCUUCAGACUGGUUGCUACUUUAAUUUGAUGUGACAACUUCUAUAUUUUUUUAGCCAUGAGCCAUUUUUCACAGCAUUUCACCAUUGAUUUUAUUAAUAAUUAGAUACCGGACGCCAAGAUGGCACCUAUUCAUUCCGAUGGAGUUGCUCAGCUGGCACAUACGCCAAAAAGGUUUUCUACUUUUCGAGGUUUACUUCUGUGGUAGGCAGUCCACUGAAUCUGAAAUAAUGUUUCCCCCAUUGGCCACCCGCGAGUUCCCACUCAGCUCAUAGACUUAACAUUGUAAUGACAUCACAGAUUUUGAAAUCAGCUUGAGGAAAGUUCUAAAAACAUAAACCCUGCAUGGCUCAAAAUUUCUUAAUAGAAAGAAUCAUAACUGUGGUUGUUUGCAGUUCAAGGUGUCCUGUCAACAGCUUUAUAGAUGUCUCUUUUACAAUGGUGGCCUAUGGGGAAAAUGCUUUGCUGCAAUACCGCAAGUGGCUACUGGGAAAAAUUUGCUGCAAGGCUGAGCGUGUUUUUUCCUUGGGCCCAGCAUUUCACCACAUCUCUGGAAAUGGUUGACCUACUUGGCAGAAAAUAGUAGCUAAAGUUAGCAAAUAGUAUUAGCCUGAUGGUGAUGCACCCAUGUCCAGAGCUGAAAUGUAAAAGCCAGGAAUACUUAAGCAUAUUUACUGACCCAGCCGAAAACAAGACAGCAUUGUUUCAGUUGUGGACCCAACUGCACACCACAGUACAGUUAGCUGUAGUUUACUAUUGUACACUUCAAAAGAAAAGAAAUAGCAGUAGUUGUGGAGAGUAUGACAACUUCUCCAUUUAACCAGCAGACUUCUUGGAACGGUUGACCUUGUAGGUAGAAAACAGACUGUAUAUAAAGAUAGACAUCACAGCUCCCAUAAAGUAAAGUCAGAACAUCUUGAUUGCCCCCUGUACAGGUCACAA